AUGCAGAAAGCUGUGCUGUGCGUGGACGCGGGUCUGACGCCUGUCGGGGGAGGGCGGACAUCCGCCGAAGGGCAGGGGCAGGACUUGGAAGAAAAACAGAGCUCUGAAAGCUCCGCGGUCUCCGAGGACGAGGACGCCGGUGGCAGAGUCUGUCCCUCAGAAGCCGAACCCUCAGGGCGGCUCCUGGAAGGAGAGCAGAACCCACAUACUUUCCAGAUGCCGCGCUCGGAACGAAGCUCUUGCAGAGACUGUCAGGAGGAGCUGGAAGAGGUUCGGGACCUGGUUUUACUUCUGCAAAGCCACCUGGGGAGGUCCCCCGACAAGGGCGGCUUUCAACAGCAAUCCCGCCAAGAGCCCCCUGACAAGCCUAUUGGCUUCCCCUGCUCCUCUGACCCAGGGCCUCCACCUCUGGUCUCCACCCUGUCAGCAGACCCUCAAGACCAGCCCAAUCUGGAGACAACCCCACUGGGUACCAUCCCAAAGAGCCCCCGUAACUCCUUUUUGUCGUCUACCAUCCCAGCCAUCUUGAGUCUCGGGCGCAUAAGCUGUCCCAUUUCGUUCCUCUCCAGCUGGUGGGAGACCACCAAGGCCUUGUUCUUUCCCACCUCAUCAAAGUUCCAGCAAGAGCACCCAGCAAAGGCCCACUUCUGGGGAGGCCCCACAAAUAAGCAGGUAGAGAUUGGUAGCCCCUCAUUUGUCAACCCGGACAUCCAGAAGCUACUGGAGAUGCUAACCGCCAAGAGAGUAAAACUUAAGACCUGGAAGGAGAAAGAAAAGGGUGGGUCAUCGGCAGAACAAGUGAGCUCUGACUACCAUCUGAGCCCUCGAGGGCGUACGUGGUGGUCAGGGGGCGAGGAGCAGAACCCCGCGGCCCCUUGGUCUUUCUGGAACAUGAAAGACAAGCCAGAGCAGCUGUCAGGUCCUCGGCAACUCUCCCGCCCGGAGGUCCUGAGGGACCACUUAGUGCAGAAAUACAGCCAGCUCUUCUGGGGCCUCCCCUCUUUGCACAGUGAGUCCCUGGUGGCUUCAGCCCUCGUUUCCAGUUCUUCUCAACUGAAGGCACCCUCUGUUUUAUUCAACGGAGCCUCUAAUGGCUUUCCCAUUUCCAUUCAACCCAGUAUACCUUUAAGUCUUUCUCAGGCCCCACUCUUGCCCGGCCUGGGGACCCAAUCCCAGCUUUUCACUCAAAACUUGCCUCAGUCCCAGCCCCCACCCCUGGCUCCUCAGGCUGAGAUCCAGGCCCAGUCCUACCUCCCAAUUUCUCUCCUAUUCGAACCUUCCUCUUCACCCCAGAUGAGGACCUAUGGGCCAUCUUGCCCUACAUUCCAGAAACAGGCACAAUCUUUUAUCCCACCUGAAACUCAGCAUCGGGAAUGCCAGCCGCUGCAGCAGCAGCAGCAGCAGCAAAGCGGGAGGCCUCCACCCUCAGGCGUCAGAAGACCUCAGGGAGUCUUCAUUCCCAACCUUCCCCAGGCGAGAGGGGCCUCCCCGGCCCAGAGGUCAGUUUCCUUUCUUCACGGGGGCUCAAUCAGCCCUAAUCUCCAGUAUCAACAUCUUCCAAAGAGGCUCAACAAAGGUCAACUCCGGAGUCACCUGCCCUGCAGGAUCCAACUGACUCUGGAACUGAGUUCACCUCAGGGCCAGUCCUCAGGGACUUACCAGACACAGGGCAAGCAGGAACCCUGGCCGCCCCCUACAUUUGUAGGCAAAAGCCUGAAACCACACAAGACAGGGUCCAGGUGCCACAGAGGAUCCCACAGGCAGACUCAGACAGAGUUCCAACCAGGAAAGGACUUCAGCAAGGGUCUAAAGCCGUGUCUGAGGAUCUCUAAAGAUCGCUCCAGGGCCAGGUUCCCUGUGCAGUUUCUAGAAAUUAGCUCUGCAAAGGAGUCAGAAAGAUGCUUGAUGAGGCCUUUGAAGAGUAACAUAGGAAGUUACUUAUCC